UUGAGCUGGUUGUGUUCGACAGUUUCGAUUCUUAGUUGAAUGUUUAGUAUGGUAUGGGUGGUUGACGAGCACCGGUGUUUCCGACUGAACACAUGGAUUGAGUUUUGAAAUGAAUGUUAACUUCCAGUGCCGAAAAAUGACAGAAGCAAAAAAACCGAAGUAUUCGAAAUCCGCGUCAGAAGGUGAUUUAGCUGAUGUUGAAGAGGGAAUUGUUGUUGAUGUAGCUACAGACGUUAGCGAUUUAUUAAUCGACGGUUCGAAAGUAAAUAGAUUCCAUUCUGGUUUCUUCACUCUACCAAGAUUGAUGAGUGGUCGUAAACGAGUAAGGAAAAAGAAAAACAGAGAAGUUUUGCAACCUUCUUCUAAGUUAGAACCUGAGCCUACAACAGUUAGGAAGAGCAAAAAAGAAGAAAAAAAGGUUUGUGAUAAAAAUGGUAAACAAUCCCAUGGAUUUUUAAGAAGACUUUUUAGACGUCACUUAUCGCAAUUGGCAAUUCCAUCAAAUGUUUCAAUAACUACCAGCAGUACUCAUGCAUGUGAUUUUGAAAUUGAAACCAGUAAAAAUAGCAAACUAAAACAUGUGUCUGCAUCAAACACAGACAUCAGAUCUCAACAUUUAGUGUGUGAUCUAGGAACUACAGCAGCGUCAGAAUUUCCUGAACCUUUAAUAAAAGAUAAAAUUCCAGCAGUAAGUGGUAUUCAUAACCAUGGAAAUACGUGUUUUAUGAAUGCAAUAAUUCAAUGCUUAAGUAAUACAGAUAUGUUUGCAGAAUAUUUUGUAAUGAACCAUUAUAGAGUGGACUUGUUGAGAAGAAAUAAAAUUCAUGCCAGAAAAUAUGGAACAAAAGGUGAAGUAACUGAACAACUAGGUGUGUUACUUAAAUCAAUUUGGAGUUGUCAGUACCUUCCAGAAAUAUCUAAUAAAUUCAAAAGUACUGUUUCAAAGUAUGGGACUCAGUAUGAAGGCAGUAAUCAGCAUGAUGCACAGGAGUUUUUAUUGUGGCUUUUGGACAAAGUGCAUGAAGACCUCAACACUGCAACCAAAAAGAAAUACAAGAAAUCGAAACAGAACAGUCAUGGUCGAACAGAUGAAACUGCAGCUGCUGAAACUCUCGCCAACUAUUCCAGAUGCAACAGUAGCUUUGUUCUUGACUGGUUCCAGGGCCAGUUUCGCUCUUCACUUAUUUGCUCUAAUUGUCAAAAGCAGAGCAACACUUUUGAUCCUUACCUCUGUUUAUCUCUCCCCAUUCCCCAUCGACAAACAAGGCCAGUAUUUGUAAACUUGGUACGAUUAAAAGGAGAUCCAAGGCAGAUCAAACUUGGUGUCAAUAUGGAUAUUCAAGCUGCUGUGAAAGAACUCAGAGUAAACCUUUCAAAAAAACACCAAAUUCCAAAUAAUCAGAUAAUUUUGAUUGAAGUUCAAGAUGAUGGAUCUCACCAGAUCUUCAGUGAUGAAGACAGCGUAUCUUCCAUUGAUGAGAACCGAGAAGUAUAUGCUGUCGAAACGCCAGCAUUGAAACUGGCAACAGAGUGUGGAGGAGAGCAUCUGCUGCUUCUGUGGAUAAACAGAAUUGGAACGGGAUCUCAUGGAAGGACGUUUGGUUCUCCAUACGUUGUCCAAAUCUCCAGGGAAUCCACAUUCAAAGAAAUCCAAAAACAGAUACUUAUGGCAAUGAGUAACAUUUUACAAAAUGAUGUUUCAUUAGAGAACAUUGGAAUUGUUCUACGUCUGAGGGUCAUUGGUGGAAUUCCUGGAAAGUGUUAUCUUCCGAGUGAUGUUGAUCAUCCAUUGUAUAUGCCAACUGUUGAUCAUGCUUUAGACACAUCAAAAGUUACCCCUUUAAUGGGGCCACAACAUCUGAAUCUAGUCGUAGAGUGGGACCAGGAGACCAAGGAAGAAAUGAUCAGUGAUGUAGAGGUUUUAAUGGAGAUAGAUCCUAGUGUCCAAAGAUUAAGAAAUCAACAAAAACAGGUGCCUAAAGCCACUCUAGAUAAAUGUUUCCAGCAUUACUUCAAAGAGGAAAAACUUGGGGCAGAUAACGCUUGGAUGUGUCCCUCGUGUCGUCGAAGCCAGCCAGGAAUGAAACAACUCAGCCUGUGGUCUUGUCCAGAUUAUUUUAUCAUCCACCUGAAACGCUUUAGACAGGUUACUGUAGAAACCCUGUUGAUGGGAAAUGGUUACUGUAGAAACCCUGUUGAUGGGAAAUGGUAUAUGUUUGAUGACACUAAAGUUGCCGUUAUCCAAGAAAGUGAAAUAGUGACUGCUGAUGCAUACAUUCUUUUCUACCAACGGACAAGUUUUACAUCAUCGUCAUGUGCAUCUUCAUCUACUUCUGGUUACAGCAGUGCAUCAACAGCGUCGCUAAUCAACACAGAUCAUUGGGCCUACCGCAUGCCUCCUUUUCGCUACUUAUCACCUAAGAACAGUAAAAGUCAAGAUAACCUUUGUGAUGUAGACUCCUCGUUCGACACUAUGAGCCUUCAGCAUAAAGAACCUUUUCAGCGAACCCACAGAAGGUAUGCUAGUAUGAUACCUCUCACAUCACCCAAGAAGAAUUCUUUAGUGAUGAACACUGAAUUGGACAGACAUUCAGAUGAAGAGGCUUCGAAAGAAGAAUUAGUUAAAAAUGAAAUAGAUGAAAAGAGUGCAUUCCCUGGUCACGUUGUAUACCGAGUAACUGCCGUUUGAUUUCACAGUCAAAACAAGGUUGGCAAUCAUUGUGUCUUGUGCACUUACAUCUUCCUGCCGAUUUCACAAGGCUUGUUUUAAAGGUGCUUUGUUACAAAUAUUGUUAUUGUUGCCCAUAGCUCCAAAGUUAGCCAGAAGUGAUGGUGAUCAUUUCACCUUAUUUGUAGUUUGAGUUAAGUCUUUUUGCAGUAACAAGGAUAAACAGAAUAAGUUUUUUAGUUGUGCACUACAUCUAUUUUUUUUUUUUAGUAGUGUGCUACAUCUUUUUUUUCACAAAUCAUUACUUAGCCAAGCUGCUACCAGAGUGAAGUGUAGAAGUCAACAUUUUGUUUCUUGCCCUUGCAUUUAUGAAAUACUUAAAUCAGAUUAGGUUCACUUACGAAAGAAAGCACUUUUGACUUACAAGUUCCUCUGUGUGUUGUUCUUCAAACUCUUGCUCAAUGCUUAGGUUUUAUUCGUGGUCUUGUAGGAGAUUUAAGAGGAUAAAUAAUAUAUGAAAUGUCGUUUCUUUGUAUAUAAUUGUUACAUCAUUGAUUACUUACUUAACAAGUCAUUUUUUUGUUUUGUCUAUAUUACUGGUGACAAAUACACAUUCUUUGUUAAGCUUGUAAUUUGACCAACCUUGUAAAUUUUCUGUGCUUUUCAAGAUGUUAAAUUAAUUUCAAGGUUUUAUACACUUGUAGUCUUAUAUUUCACUAUGAUCACAAAUAAUUUUUACUGGAGCCGAAAUUAAUUAACACUUUUUAGGCAAAGAAAACUGUGAACUUGAAAACAGUAUCAACUCACCAUCAAAUAUUAUGUGCUACUUACUUGAAGAGGCACAAUCAGUAUCAAAAGAGGUGGAGCCUGAAUUCUGAACAAAUUAAUUUUAGCCAUUCUUAGUUUGAUCUCACCAACCUAAUGACUAUUAGUAAUGCAUUUUACUUCAGUGUCAAGAGAACUUGUGUGUGAAAUUAUUCAUGUCAUAAUAUGUUAUUCAUCCUGUUUUUUUUUGUGCCAUUCUAUGUCAUAAAAAAUUUCUUGAAAUAAUUAAUCAUUUAAAAUCAGACACUGUAAGAUAUGCUUUAUUUACAAAAUCUUGUACAGCACUUGACAAGAUGUGGAUCAAAGAUUGUAGACUCACAGAUCAACAAUUAAAGAAAUAUGGAUGAAAAAAUUGCUCUUUGUUUUGUUUGUAAUAAGAAUAUAUUUUACUCUUAUCAAUUUAAACAAGUCUGCUUUCAGGUGGUUUAAAAAUAACUUUUCAUGUUUUUUACGUGAAUAUUAUGCAAUUGAAAAACUGUGCAUAGUAGAAGCAUUAUUCGGGUCUUAAGAUAUCAAAGUGAUAUUAUUACUGUUUGUUUUAAUAAAUGAUAAAUUUUAGCUAAAUGAGGUUAUUUAUGUUGAAAUAUACAAAAUGAUUUUAUUUUCUAGCUUCAAAGUGUGUAAAAAAUUAUUAUCAUUGAAGUUUGCUUUUUGUGCUUGUGCGAGGUUGUAAAAUAGUUAAAUUAAAAUGUUGGUUCCAUAGAAUAUAGACUUAAGGAGGAAUAUGACAAUAAAUCCUAACACAGUGUAAGUAAGUUUAUAAAGUUAAAAUCUUCAAUGAUGAUAAAAAUUAAAUAUGUUAUUCUCAUAUGGAUAGUGUCCAUUACGUUUGUUUGUGAUAGUAAUAUUAAAUAUCAAUAUAUUGUAAUUUAUGAAUAAAAAUAAUUUAAAAUAUAUAUGAUUGUUCUGGA